GAUGGCUGCCCUGUUCGUGGAUACACAUGGCAAAAUCUAGAAGGAAAGCGUCAACGUCAUAGGCUACAUCCUAGGUCCCUUUCAAAAUUUCUUGCCUCUGAUCAAUCUGGCGACUUCCAGCUUUAAUACUACAGUAUAUCUCGAUCUUGAUCUUGCAACCAUCUACGGUCACUCGUUCUCUAUCCACGUCAAAAACGAUUUUCCUAUGUUAUAGUAUCCAACAAUGGAAUCACCUUCCAAAGCCAAAAGACGAUCUCCUCGAAUAGUUGAAGCUUCAUCAACAUCCAUCAAAAUGGCACCAAGGAGAUCACCUCUCGUGCCGACCACCUUCGAAGCCAUACUCCUUUCGAUAUAUCCUGCAACUCUAUUGCUAGGCUCAAUAUUUUCAGUCUUAAGUCCUGAUGUACGAGCGUCAGUGUACAACCCAGUUCUUCAAUCUCAUCCUCCAGGCACCGCACCAUCAUAUUUCGCAAAGAAGAGCAAUGUAUUCAACCAAUACUUCGUGAAGCAAGGCUGGGCGUGGAUAUCCGCCAGUUAUUUUUUCUUCCUACUCACACAUCCCUCAACCGGCCCUCCAGGUGUCUUUAUCCUUACAGCCCGACGGGCACGCGGAACAUUACGCUAUUUAGUUGUUACAAUCUGGUGGAUAUUCGUCACGCAGUGGUUUUUCGGCCCGCCAUUAAUCGAUCGCGGGUUUGUUAUAACGGGUGGACAAUGUGAGCUGGUUGAUGCGGCGGAGAAGGGAAAGAUCGAUAUGGAUAAUACGCGUCAGUUUUUAACGGGGGUGGCUUGUAAGGCUGUGGGUGGAAAGUGGAAGGGCGGUCAUGAUAUUAGUGGACAUGUGUUCUUACUUGUUCUGGGUAGUAUGUUUCUUUUCCAAGAGGUACUUCAUGUGGUUCUACGAAGUUCGGGGAUAAAAGAGGAACGGACGAUCGUUAUGGCAGAUGGAGCGGUCAAAUCGGCAGAGAUUGAGGCUCCCUCGCAGAAUGAAGCAGAGGGUUUAAACCAAGAUGGGUGGUUGGGGUUUAGUGUGAAGAUUAUACUCGGAGUGGCGGGGUUGAGUUUAUUUAUGUUGGCUAUGACGGCCAUAUAUUUUCAUACCUGGUUUGAGAAGCUGACUGGAUUAAUUGUCGCGUUCGGAGGGGUGUUUGUUGUAUUUUGGCUUCCAAGAUUGAACCCUACUGUGAGGUCAGUAAUAGGGAUGCCAGGAAUCUAGUAAAUGUCGAUAUUGAUCAUGAAUGAAAGGGAAAGGAUUCAUAAUAGAGUAUUAGAGGCUUUAUUUCUAGCGCAUAUUUUAGAUGUUAAAUAAUACUACUAUGUCCAUCGAGACUCCUUGAGAAUGGGAGACCAAAAAAGCGGUGGCAUCUUAAUUUGAUUUUCUUAGGUUAUGCAAGAUUGGUAUGAUGGAAGCUAGAUACAGAAAAUUAUAAAUAUAUACAUCCGGGAGCGAUGUGUACCUCGUCA